CUUGGAUCGUCUUGUGAUCAUACACAUGAUUCAUUAUCAUUCGCCCCAGAGUGCUACAUGAAACAGCCUGAGAUUAAGCCUUCAAGCCUCCAAAGUCUCGCAUUAUUCACCAGAAUCAAUCAUGGCUGUCACUAAACCAUCUAGCGGUCCUGACCCUAUUCUGCUCACGCUCUUCGCGAAUCGUUUUAUGAGCGUCGCAGAGGCAAUGGGCAGGUCUUUGCAACAAACCUCUAUCAGUACUAACAUAAAGGAACGCUUGGACUUCUCCUGUGCACUCUUCGCUCCUGACGGCGAUUUGGUCGCAAAUGCGCCCUUCAUCCCGAUUCAUCUUGGAUCUAUGAGCUUCGCUGUGAAGUACCAAAUGAAACUUCACGGAAAGGAGUUGAAAGAUGGUGAUGUGCUAAUGACCAACUCUCCUCAUGCUGGGGGAUCUCACUUGCCGGACAUCACUAUCAUCACUCCAGUCUUUGACAAAGGGACCAACGAGAUCAUAUUCUUCACUGCCUCCCGAGGACACCAUGCUGAUAUCGGCGGCAUCCUGCCUGGGUCUAUGCCGCCUACGUCUGUGAAUAUAUUCGAAGAGGGUGCGGAAAUCGUGAGCCUGAAGAUCGUAAACGACGGCAUGUUUGACAAGAAGGGGUUGUACGAGUAUAUGGUCGAAAAACCAGCACAAUAUCCGGGGAGUUCGGGUUGCAGGAACAUCAAGGACGUUGAAAGUGACAUCAAGGCGCAAAUUGCGGCAAACCACAAGGGAGUUCAGCUAAUCACAGCGAUCGUCGAUGACUACAGUCUAGAAACUGUUCAAGAAUACAUGUAUCAUAUCAGGAAUAAUGCCGAGAACUCGGUUCGAAGUCUGUUACGCGACGUCGUCAAAAAGUCGGGAACUAAUUUGCUCAGUGCCGUGGACUAUCUGGAUGAUGGAACUCCAAUCCAGCUGAAGGUAGAGAUCAACGAGGAAGAAGGAUCUGCUGUUCUAGAUUUCGAGGGUACAGGAUGCGAAGUUAGGGGAAACCUGAAUGCCCCGAUUUCAGUGGUACACUCCGCCGUGAUCUAUUGUAUGCGUGCAAUGUUGAAUGUCGACAUACCGCUCAACGCUGGCUGUCUUGUCCCCAUCGAGAUCAAGAUUCCCAAAAAAUGCCUUCUUUCCCCAUCCAGGACCGCUGCCGUGUGUGGUGGAAAUGUAUUGACCUCACAGCGCAUUGUAGAUGUGGUCCUUAAGGCUUUCCAUGCGUGUGCUGCUAGUCAAGGGUGCACCAACAACUUGACCUUUGGUACGGGCGGUAAAGAUAAGAAUGGUACAGCCAUUGCUGGAUGGGGUUAUUAUGAGACCAUCGCGGGUGGAUCAGGAAGCGGCCCAGGAUGGCAUGGCACAUCGGGUGUACAUACUCAUAUCACAAACACCCGCAUUGGCGAUGUCGAAAUUCUUGAACGCCGCUAUCCCAUUCUCGUACACCGCUUCGGUCUUAGACCAGGCUCUGGAGGGAAAGGUAAAUGGAAUGGCGGCGAUGGUGUAAUCCGAGAGUUCGAGGUUAUGCAAGGAAUGCAAGUGUCCAUCCUAAGCGAAAGACGUACACGUGCACCAUACGGCAUGGCAGGUGGGGAGCCUGCCAUGAUGGGACGCAACACUUGGGUCAAGCAGCGCCGCGCAGAAGACAGUGAUAUACCCGAGGAAACCUCUGAGGAAGAUAUGAGACCACGCCACAUAAAUAUAGGAGGGAAAGCGACGGUGUUCAUGGGAAAAGGAGAUCGCCUAUUGAUUGAGACACCCGGUGGCGGAGGUUGGGGUAUGCCUGACGAAGGCCAGUUCGAAACUACUGACGAACAUAAGCAUCCCUGGGAAGCAAGAGGAAGUUUGACAGAGAGAGCUGCUGCCCAAGCUGGGUUCUAGGGGUCGUUUUGUGACAAGUCUUCAGUGUAUGUUUUUCCGAGUUACGUGAUGAUUUGAAGGCGCAAUGCCAUUCCAUUUUUAUGUAGCACUGCAGUAAUGCAUUAAGUUCGACUAGUA